CACUGAGUAGUGAGUAGUGUAAUAAUGUAAUCUAGUGAGUAGCGAGUACCGACCACAGUUUUGACCUGCCGAGUGCUGAUCGUGCUGUGCAUGUUAAUUCAUAGAGAACUUAUUCACAAACUAAACUAAAAUAAACUAAAAAUAGUGUUGAAAAUAUCCAUUCAAUUUAAUUUUAUUUGUUUAGUUGCAAACAAACCAAGCCAAAUGCAUACAUAUUCUGGACAACUUUCCAUGUACAAAGCAACAAUAUCACCUCGCUUAAGUCCUUGCUCUUUGAAAUAAUUGGCAAUUUGGUUGCUAAGCUCUUCUACCUAAAAAAAAUUGAAAAGAAAUGGAAAAACUAAAGCAUUCGUCUUUUAAGCCGUUAGAAGUUAUUUGGAACAGAAAUACCAGUAAUCAUAAUCCAAAAUUAUUACCAGAAUUAAAAGGAAUUAAUAUAGAAGAUAGCGUUAAAAAAAUUAAAAAAUCGGUUAAAUCUCUGGAUGUUAAAAUCAAUGAAAAUAAAAUAGAAAAUGUUCACAAACGAGUAAAAAGAAGUUUAUUCCAAGAAAAUAAAAAAGAAAAAAAUGACCAUUCAAACUCAGUAGAAUUAAAUAAGGAACUUUGUGAAACUUCUAAUUGUGCAAAUAACUUUAGAAAAAGAACUUAUAGCAUAAACAAAACAUCUGAAUUAAAUUUACCUGACCUAUCUCUUAAAAUUAUAUCAAAUCGCAAAAAAAUAAGAAGAAAUCAAGAUGCUUUAAUUCAUAAAUCAAAAAAAUAUUUGAUUCAAACAAAAAGUGCAAAAAGUGAAUCUUCGUCGUCACAUACGGUUAAUGAUGCAUCGGUUAUUAAAUCAUCGCGUAAUAUGGAUCAAAAAAAUUUACACUUUACAGUUUUUAAUCAUCUUAAAUCUCCAGAGAUUAUGUCAAAUCGAAAACGGUUUGUUAUGUACAAUAAUUUGGAUACGACAAAUAUUUCUAGUAACGAUAGUUAUAAGCGUUUGUUACCAAUUGUCCAAACACCAGAAAAGUUAAAUAAAAAAUAUAAAAAUAUAAAUACGCACAUAAGUAAAAUUAACUCUAUACAUUCUGAAGAUAUUAUUGAAUCAUCCGAAAAAAUUAUCUCACCUAUAAAGAAAAAACAAAAAAAAUGUAUAAACUGGAUUCAUAGUAAAAAAACUAAGAAAAAAAUAUAUACUAAUGAAAGUAAAGUAUCAGAAUGUAAGACAUUUAACAAUGGAAAAAGUGAAAUAAAUUUACCAAAAAAUGAAAUUCAUAAAAGUACUGAAAUAUCAACAAUCGUCAAAAAUGAAUUUUGUAAUAAAAUCAAUUCUGAUUCUAUAGAUAUUAUCAAUACAGAAAAUAUUUCGGAGUAUCCUGUAACUGAAUUUAAAAGUCAGUGCAAAAAACUUAAAAAAUCAAUAAUUGCACCACAAAAACAACAAAAUCGAAGACCAGCCGAAACGUGUAUAAUUAAUAAUGAUAAUCAAAUAUAUUAUUCUGACACUUCUUUAACACAAUCAUCUUUUAACACAAAAGAAUUUGUCAAAAAUACAGUUAAAGAAUAUUCAAAAAUUUCUAUACCACAUGGAGCAAAACUUUUCAAUCAGAAUGAAAACAAUACUAUAUCGUUUAUACAUUCUUCCAAAAUAAAUGUAAUUCCUGCCACUCCUGAACAUGAAUCAAUUAAUGUAGACGAUUCGGCAGUCCAAUAUUCUCCUGAAACCAUUUUAAGUCCGUACGUUCCAUUGAUUGAAGUCGAUCAAUCGCCUACAACUCCAAAUGAAAAAAAUUGUCAGGUACUCAUUCAGUCUGUACAAACUCCACCGAAUGUUGACAACACAACAUCGCCAAGUUUAUUUGAACCUAUAACUUCUCCAACACCAUCUUUAGUCAAUGAACUGCCAUUUAAAAUUGACGCUGUAGAAUCACCAAGAGCUGUUCAUGAAAAUGAUGAUAUAUUUUCACCUGAAAUAAUUAGGAAAAAAUCAGACAAUAGUCCAUCAUCACCGAAUUGUUUUAACUCUGGUAAAAAACGUAAAAAAAUGUGUAAGGAUGGAUUGAGAGGAAAAUUUCGAGAUCUUAUUAACCGUAAAAAAUCCGAAGCCUGUAUUCGAGAAUAUGAAAAAAGCUUAUCUAAAAGUUAUAAGCCAAAGCAAGGUGAAAGUGCACUAUUAAAUGUCAUUGAAGCAUGGAUGGAAUUUAGAACCAUUGUCCUACUUUGUUAUUACAUGAAAUCUGAUGAAGAAGUACAAAAAGUGUUAGUUACUCUAAACAAUUGUUCUAUAAAUGCUGCGAAGAAUAGUAUAAUACGUAUAUACUCUCCAUGGUUGACAAUUAAAUCUGAAAUUACUGAAGUAUUGUUGUUUGUUGGCAUCAUUCACGCUGAAGUUAUUGCAUUUUCAGAAUCCAUUACUAAACCUCUUAAAGAAAAAUUUAUUGAUAUCAAUGGAUUGUUGACAACUGUAUUUCAGAAUAAAGUUUUAUGGGAAUGUAAUUGUUCCAAAGAUGCUGGUUGUCGAUGUUUGGGAGAAUUAAGUGUUUACAAUUAUUUACAAUACAUGAUCCCUCAAUAAUAUGCACUUAUUUUAAUGUUUAAAGGUUACUUAAACUAUUUUUAUUAUUAUUAAUUAAUUUUACAA